AAUAUAUCUGAGUAGUCCUACUUGCCUAGUCCAGUAAUUUUUUAGGAGAGGUGUUUCAAUCCUCACACUUUAUGGCCUGAUAUGAAGCCUUCUGAAGGCUGGAGCAGUGUCCAUUGCACAAAGUGGACUUUGGAGCCCAUUUGAACACGCGCUGGAGAAAACUGCAGGAAAUUAAUGUACAGAGAAAAUUUCUGCCUUCUGCAAGAACAUGGCUUAGCUGAUUUAAUAGCUUUUUCUCAGUCUGUGAUUCCAACAGCCAGGUUUGUGAUAUUUAUUUUAGUAUUCAUGUUCUUGCAGUCCUUUUUACAUUUCUCUGUUUUUCCCUGGCAGACAUCCCACAGCUCCAUAAGUCUGGGGGAAGAGGAUGGUUAGCAUGUUGUUGCUGUGGGGAUUUGAGUCUUAACUCUCUGUGUUGUUAAUGCUGGGCAUAUAAUUUUAAAACUUGCAUGCUGCAGAAGCAUAUAAUUAUUUCCCUGCUGCAUUUUAUACUGUGGUUUGGGAAAGCAAUACGUUUCAGAAUAUUAAAAGAAAGGAAAAGUUACAGUUUGGGGGACUAUUGGAAAUGGAAACAGAAAGAGGGGAGUAAUGGGUGUCAGUCUGGUUAUCAGUCAAGCUGGAAGGAGACAGCUUGUUCUGUCGAACACCAAGAAUGUCAGUAGUCAGCCAAUCACUUAUGCCGGAAGAAAACCAUAGACUGACAGGUGUUUGGAAGGGGAGCGUGCUGGCCGAGCUGGGGGCUGUCAUGGUGGUGGCCCCCGCAACAGGGAGAUAGCAGAGAUGGUGGCCUGAGGGCGCCGGCCCCGCGCGCAGACAUGGCCUUUGCCCAGUCCCACAUCAUGGCAGCCAGGAGGCACCAGCACAGCCGGCUCAUCAUCGAGGUGGAUGAGUACAGCUCCAACCCCACACAGGCGUUCACGUUCUACAACAUUAACCAGGGACGCUUCCAGCCCCCACAUGUGCAAAUCCUGGAUCUGUACAGCAGACAUUCUGUUUGGGUUGAUCCAGUGCCCCAUGACGCUCCGAAGCCUCCAGGAUAUACACGAUUUGUCUGUAUUUCUGAUACUCACUCAAGAACUGAUCCCAUCCAAAUGCCAUAUGGAGAUGUGCUAAUACAUGCUGGUGAUUUUACUGAGCUGGGACUUCCAAGUGAAGUAAAAAAAUUCAAUGAGUGGCUAGGUAGCCUGCCCUAUGAAUACAAGAUUGUGAUAGCAGGAAAUCAUGAAUUGACCUUUGACCAGGAAUUCAUGGCUGACUUAAUCAAGCAGGACUUCUACUAUUUCCCCUCUGUUUCUAAGCUGAAGCCAGAGAGCUAUGAAAAUGUACAGUCUCUUCUAACAAACUGCAUCUAUCUUCAAGACUCUGAAGUGACGGUGAGGGGAUUCAGAAUAUAUGGCUCCCCUUGGCAACCUUGGUUUUAUGGCUGGGGCUUUAAUCUUCCACGAGGCCAAGCACUAUUAGAGAAAUGGAACCUUAUUCCAGAUGGAAUAGAUAUUCUUAUAACACAUGGACCACCUCUCGGUUUUCUAGACUGGGUUCCCAAGAAAAUGCAACGAGUAGGAUGUGUUGAGCUGCUGAACACAGUCCAGAGACGAAUACAGCCGAGGCUUCAUGUUUUUGGACAUAUCCAUGAAGGUUAUGGUGUCAUGGCGGAUGGAACUACCACCUAUGUGAAUGCAUCUGUGUGCACUGUGAAUUACCAGCCCCUUAAUCCGCCUAUAGUUAUUGACUUACCUACUCCAAGGAACACAUGAUUAUAAUGAGGAUUUAAAGUUGUACCCAACACAUAAGCAACUUUAUAUUGCUGGCUGAGAAUCCCAAUAGGGAACCAUUCAACAAAAAAAAGCAAAAUCCUUUUUUUCUCUGCUAGCUCUUCACAGAUAAAUUUAGAGUAAUGAAAGUGGAUAAGGAACAAAGAAAUUUUGGUGACAGAACUAGAUUAAAGAUUAACAUCUCACCAUUAAAAUGUUUGUGAAUACAGAAAAGUGAAUGCAUUCUACACAUAUAUAUAUACAUAUAUAUAUAUAUAUAUAUAUAUAUAUAUAUAUAUAUAUAUAUAUAUAUAUACACACACACACAUAUAUAUAUCUCUAGUAGGGGCUUUUGUACAUACCAUAUACUGGACUUAUUAAAAGAACAAUGUUUUUCAAAGGAGUGUUUCUUUAAGAAAAUUUGCAGUUUAAACAUAAGUGUUUAGACUAGGAUUUCCUCAUUUCAGAUGUUUUUCAAUGAGCUCUUGGUAAAAUAAAAAUGAUGGUAAAGAUGUUUUGUCUUAAUCAACAUGGCAAAUAUAAAAGAUGGUGCACAAAUGACCAGUCACAGGAGGAAAGCUAUUUCUCCAAGUCCUCCAGGUCGAAGUCUUUGCAUCUAUUCAAAACUAAUGCAAUACAGGCCCUAAUUCACUGCACUGAAAUGAAGUUUUUCUACAUCUGGCAUUACAGAUGGCAAGGGAAAUGGUGCAUAUUGCCAGCAUGGUGUAAACAGCUCAACAUUCAAGAAGGGAGACUGUGUUAAGUGCAGUAUAAACUCAGGAAUUUGUAACCUGGCCUCACCUGUUUAAAAAGAAAAAAAAAUAGGAUGACAUUUCCCUUAAAAAAAAAAACAAAAGCAAACUAAACUGUGUUUUCAUAUGAUAAAGUGAUAUGUUAAUGUAUUUUAAGGAAAAAAAGAAAGAGAAAGAACCUGCAAAGAGCCCACCCAAUGAUUAGUAAUGGUAUUUUAAAUAAAACCUACUGGGACCAUUGGUUUAAAAACUGCUAAUGAGACAGGAGUCACACUGGCCCUGGUCAGGAGUGGUUAAAUGUUGUUGUGAUCAUUUGGAUGUCAAGGGGAAGGUAUCAACCCAAGGUGUAGUUCAAGCACUCCCUUUUGGGUGGCUGUGGGUGAUGGGUACACACUGAAGUGUGCAUAGAAGAGGUCACCUCAGGGGACCUGGUACUGCUGUUUACCCACUUAUGGACACUGCUGAGAGAGGCUCAGCACAAACCCAGUAGAAACCCAUCUGCUGUGUUGCUUUUGGCACCAGGCAAAGCAGGGAAUGUGGCAGGAUCUGGUUGGGCUGGUCGACAGCCACAGUACUGCCCAUGCAGCUCUCCUGCAGUGCUAGCAGAGGUAUUGAAGCUGCUGGGAUUUCAGUCCUGUCCUAGGCAGAAGCUUAAGAAUUGGUUGGAAAGUCACCAAAAAAAACCCCCAGGGCUUCAGACAUGUCCUGCAAGAAAUGGAUUUCUGUCUUGAACUAGCAAACAUGUCCUUUUGACUUGAUGGAGAUAAUUUAACUGCUGUAUUCUGAAUGUGGGCAUCCUGAAUUUGGGGCUGACAGCAUCUAGGCAUUAAAUUUGUCGACACACAUUGGGCACACCACAGCACUGCCAGCUCAGAGCUGGUUGCAUAUCUGUGCACAGCCCACACUCGCACACAUGCAUUGGAGAAUUGUGUGUGUUACAUGGAUGUAAAUGUGAGUUUUAUGUAGCAGCUGCAUGUACAUUAUUCAAACAAAUAAUUUAAAAUACCUGUUUUGCAAAACAAGGCCAUGUGAGCCUCGACUCUGAGCUAGGUGGGCACAAACUCUGCUUUUCACUGGCUUCCCAUGUACAGCAGCUCUUCCAGGUGCUGCCUGAAGCUGAGACAUUCAGGCCCAGUAACUGACUCAUGCUGUGGACCCACAAGAAGCCACUAGAUCCCCCAAAAACAUGACAAGUCACAGGUCUGUCAUUUCUUGUAAUCUGUUGGGUAACCAUGUGUCUAAACUAAUGUGCUGUGGUUUUUUUUUCCUGAAAAUGAAACUCAAAACAAUAGGUAACAUCUGCAACUGGUUUUUGGGGGAGUGGUUCACAAGUGCAUGAGCAGCCUGCCAUUAAUUCAGAUGGGGCCACUUUUCUCAGAGCUACUGGUGUAGAAAUUACAGCUCCUAAAUCAGUAAGAACUGAAAUUCAUAGUUGAAUAUGAACUCCUGUCAUCAUUGGGAAGAUGAACAAUAGCAUGUAGUUAGAAUAAAAGUGGCUUAUCUAGUCACAAUUCAAGUGGUUUGCAACAAAUGUGGCAGGAAAUUGGCUGUAUGUUACAGUCUGAAAUGUUUACAUUUGCUCACAGCACUUAAAUGUUAAAGUGAAGAGGUCCUUUUAUUAGCCUCAGCAAAAUUUCUAUGUCAACCAUAAAAUAUUCUCUUAAAAAUAAUUUUUUCCUUAGGUAUCUUCCAAAUACUGUGUAUUUUUCUGUGGAAAGGAUGUGAAAGCAACUGUCACUUCAAAAUAUUUAAAGUACUUGAGGUAUGAAAGCUUAAAGAUUAUUUAAUCAUUUUGGCAUAACUUGAGUGUUGUAAUUUUUGGUCAAGCAUGUUAGAUGAAUAAAGUCUUAAAAACAAACCAACACACAACAAAAAAUAAGGUCUCUUAAUGUGCAGCUCAUGUGAUCAGCUCCAUGUUGGAAUGACUGCCACCUUCUCCAGGGGUAGCAAGCAGGCUGUGGGACAUUAAAGUUUUUAUGGAGGGGGUCAGCAGAGGGUGCCUUGCUCUGUCCCCCAUCUUCCAGCCAUCACAUGUCCUGCAGAGGGUAACAAGCUUGAGGUUCGGGUUGCAGAGAGAGGGGAAAACAGAAACCACUGCCUGUAGUGGAUGAAAUUUGGUGGGAGAGUGUGCCAGGUGUGCCUGGGAGGCAGGGAAAAGCUACCGUGGGAGUGCUGCAGCAGAGCUCUGGAGAGGUCAGGAACUGAGAUGCCAUCCUUAGGGAGUGGGCAGCAGUUGGGGGAAGGAGAGUUCCUGCUCUGAGUUGGGUGUCAGGACACAUCUUCACAGAGAGGAAGAUUAGGGCCAGGUGAAUAUUUUUAUUUUAACAUUGUGGGCACAGAAAGACCUGAGUUUCUGAUCUACCUCAGACAAGGGAGGCCAUGAAAAGGAAGAUUUCCACAAAUCUGGCUGUGCAGUUGUCAGCUCUAUUUAGCUUUGGGGUGACCUCUGAAGUAAUUUCCUGCCCUACCUCCUCUUUGCUGACCUUCACUGAUAUUUAUUCCGGUAGCAGCGCUCCUGAAGGAAGGUGUGCUGAUGUGUAUCACUAAUAUGUGCAUUCCCAUCACCAGGCAGAAUUGUUGGCUGAGAUUAAUUCUGGUUCAUUUCAGCAAUGAAUAGGGGAGAUAUCACUUCACGUCAAUG